UUCCGGAUUUCUACUGCACACGUGAGAAAAUCUGGAAGUAGAAACACGUUUGUUUUGCAAGUAUCUACGGUACCUAGGUAGUUACCUGGCUAUUGUGUUCAUCCGGAUGAAUUAAUUUUAUGAACUUACGGACUAACAGUGGUUGAAAUUAGCUACUUAACAGAUUUCCAAAAAUGGAAGGGAAGGAUUCAAAGGUGGAACAAAAGCGGCACCUAAAGAAACAGAGUGGGCCGAAAGCAGAGAGGAAAAAGGUCAGGAAGCAACUGGGAACCCCAGCUGGUGAUGAUGAACGCAAGAGGAAUCCCAAAGCAUUUGCCGUCCAGUCAGCCGUGCGGAUGGCCAAAACCUUUCACAGAGCGCAGGAUCUGAAGGCCAAGAAACAUCACAUACCAUUGGUGGACCGCACACCUCAGGAGCCUCCACCGAUAGUGGUGGUGGUGGUAGGACCCCCCAAGGUGGGAAAGAGCACCCUCAUCCGCUGCUUGAUCAAAAACUUCACGCGUCAGAAACUAGGGGACAUCUGCGGACCUGUGACCAUCGUUUCUGGAAAAAAGCGGCGUCUUACCUUCAUUGAGUGUAACAAUGACAUCAAUACAAUGAUUGACUUGGCCAAAGUUGCUGACCUGGUGCUGAUGCUCAUUGACGCCAGCUUCGGCUUUGAGAUGGAGACCUUUGAGUUCCUCAACAUCUGCCAGGUGCAUGGCUUCCCGCGAAUCAUGGGAGUGCUCACCCACCUUGACUCAUUUCGCAACAACAAAGCUCUGCGAAAGACCAAGAAGCGACUCAAGCAUCGCUUCUGGACUGAAGUCUACCAGGGUGCCAAACUCUUCUACUUGUCUGGUAUGGUAUACAGCGAGUACCAGACCCAGGAGGUCAAGAAUCUGGGCCGCUUCAUUUCUGUCAUGAAGUUCCGCCCACUGGUGUGGCAGCAGUCUCACCCUUAUGUGGUGGCUGACCGCAUGGAGGAUUUGACAGACCCUGAGAUGGUGAGGAUAGAUCCCAAGUGUGACCGCACAGUCUCUCUUUAUGGCUACCUGAGAGGGACAUUCUUGAAGAAUAAAGGCCAGGUCCAUAUCCCUGGUGUGGGUGACUUUGCAGUGGCAGAUGUCAGCUUCCUGCCUGACCCCUGCGCUCUGCCGGAGGUACAGAAGAAGAGGGCGCUGAAUGAAAAGGAGCGGCUGCUCUACGCUCCCAUGGCUGGGGUGGGGGGAGUUGUAUAUGAUAAGGAUGCCGUCUACAUUGACCUGCCCGGCAGCCACGUCAAUCAGGAGCAGGAGGAGGUCCGACCCACCACAGAGUUGGUCCAGUCCCUCAUCGGCACUCACACGACCCUGGAUGCCAAAAUGUCCGCCAGCAGAGUUUCUCUGUUCACAGGAGCGGCUGCCUUGACCUCAGGAGAAGUGGAGGAGAAGGAGGAGGAGGGGCUGACUUCGGGUCCACGGGAGAACCUGGUCUGGGACCCUGAGAUGCGGAGAGAGAGGAGGAAGGCUGUCUUCAUUGAAGAUGACAAUAAUAGUGAGAGUAGCAGCGAAGAAGAUGAAGAUAAUGAGGAAGAAGAGUCUGAUGAGGAGGGAAGAAGAAUAGCAGGGUUGAGGGAAGGUGCAAAUGAUAAAACAAAGCUGAAAGAAAACCAAGAGCCGAUGACUGCCCCUCCGGUGAAGAGACAGAAGGUAGUGGAGGAGAGGGAAGCAGAGAACGAGUCAGUUGUUGAGGUGCCUGCCUUUGCGGACAGUGAGGACGAGCUGGAAAUGAGUGAGGAGGAGGUAGGGCAAAAGAGUGAAGAAGAGGAGAGCUCUGACGAGGAGGGGGAAGAAGAUGCUGCAUUGGAAGAAGGUACCAUAAAACCAGGGGACUUCUCUGAGGAGGAGGGUUCAGUAGAGGAGGAUAACUGUGAAUCCCAGGUCCCAGACAAAGAAGAAAAUAAGUCAAAUGCCCUAUCCAAAAUGGAAGAUGACGAGAGUGCAGAGUUUUGCUCUGAAAGUGAAGGGGCACUGAGGUGGAAGGAGGGUCUGCAACAGAAAGCAUCAGAGGCGUUUUUGCGGCAACAGCGAUCCACUCCCAACCUGCGCAAACUGGUUUAUGGCACAGUGGCUGAGGAUGACAGUGAUGGGGAGGAUGGGGAGGAGCUUGGAGGGCUGUUUCGAGUCAGCCGCCCUGAAAAGGGCAAGAAGCACCGCGCCGACGGCAUGGACUGCUCCCGUUUUGACCCCGAUGGGGCUCAUGACUGGGAACUGGAAGAGAUGUUUGACUCGAUACGUGACUGCUUUGUGACUGGGAAAUGGGAGGAUGAUCAAGAUGCUGCCACAUUGCUGAAGCAGGACGAGGAGUUAUAUGGUGACUUUGAGGAUUUGGAGACAGGGGAAGUUCACAAUGGGAAAGCUGGCAAGCAGCAAGAUCAAGCCAAUGAAGAAAGUGGGGAUGAGGAGGAAGAGGGGGAGACGAUCCUAAGGGUGGAGGAGGAUGUGACCCAAAAGAAAAAGCGCCUGGAAAAAAAACGCAGGCUAAAGGAGCGUUUUGACAUGGAGUAUGACGAUGAAGAUGCCACCUACUUUGAUGACCUCAAGGAGGUGAUGCAGAAACAGGCAGAGCUGAACCGGGCUGAGUUUGAGGAUGUGGAUGACGAGAUGCGCAUCCAGUACGAGGGCUUCCGACCUGGGAUGUACGUGCGUCUGGAGAUUCCCUCCCUGCCCUGUGAGUUUGUCAUCAACUUCGACCCGCACUAUCCCGUCAUCGUAGGAGCUCUGGGCGCCAGCGAGGGCAAUGUUGGUUACCUGCAGAUGCGAUUGAAAAAGCACAGAUGGCACAACCGGAUCCUGAAGACACGUGACCCUCUCAUCCUGUCCCUGGGCUGGCGUCGCUUCCAAACCAUCCCCCUUUACCACAUUGAGGACCACAAUGGGCGCCACCGCCUUCUCAAAUACACACCGCAGCACAUGCACUGUGGUGCCUCCAUCUGGGGUCCCAUCACACCUCAGGGCACUGGUUUUCUGGCGGUGCAGUCACUUGCUGGAACUAAGUCCAGUUUCCGCAUUGCAGCUACAGGAGUUGUCCUUGAUCUGGACAAAUCUGUGACCAUAGUCAAAAAGCUCAAGCUGAUUGGCUACCCAUACAAGAUCUACAAGAACACAUCAUUCAUCAAGGGAAUGUUCACCACUGUGCUGGAAGUAGCAAAAUUCGAGGGGGCUUCCAUCCGAACAGUCAGUGGGGUCAGAGGUCAAAUUAAGAAGGCCCUGUCCACCCCCGCAGGAGCAUACAGAGCCACAUUCGAAGACAGGCUGCUGAUGAGUGACAUUGUGUUCUUGCGCUCCUGGUACCCGGUGUCAGUCCCUCACCUAUAUAACCCUGUGACGUCCCUGCUGAUGCCAGUUGGCCAGAAAGACAGCUGGAUGGGUAUGCGGACUGUGGGUCAGCUCAAGUACGACCUGGGGAUCCGCAACAAGCCCAACGCAGACUCUCUUUACAAGCCAGUGAUUAGGGCACCACGCCACUUCAACAAGUUGCAGAUCCCCCGAGAGCUGCAGAAGGCUUUGCCCUUCAAAAGCAAGCCCAAACAGGAUAAGACGAAGGGUAUGACUCCCAAGGAUCUCCAGAGGCCCGCUGUCAUCCGGGAGCCCCACGAGAGGAAGGUGGCAGCGCUGCUCACUGCGCUGAGCACAGUGUACAACUACAAGAGCAAAAAGGCCCAAACUGCAAAGCGCACCAAGCACAAGGACUUCCUGCAGCAGCAGGAUAAGGCCGAGGAGGACAAGCUCAAGAGGCAGAAGGAGGCUAAGAAGAAGCUUUACCGUAUGAUGGGCCAAAAGGAAAAGAAAAGGCAGAGGUCCAGCCUGAAAGGAGGGCCACAGGAUGACUGAUUUAUAAAUCUUUAUGACUCUUAAAGGAACCAGUGGAAUGGAAUACAUCCUAAGCUAAGUCUGUUGGUCAGGAGUGGAGUUGUGUGAAGUUUCCGCUAGAACCUGGUCUUGGGUCUGUUAUGGAUUUUUCUCAUUAAUGGGUAUUGUUGGGGUUGGGGGAGGUGAAGUGAAUCCUAGAUCAGUAAGUCGUGUCAGCAGUACUGGAGUGUAAAUGCACACUGAGACUGCAAGAAAUGUUGGACUGUAGAUCUUUAACCUGGUUAUAUGUGUAACCCCAGGUAUUGACACUUCUUUUUGAUGGACAGUGGUUCAAUAAGGAUCUAAAAAGACCUCUUUGCUGGUUAUAUAUUGACCAUUUGUCUUGUUGUUUUAAUGAAACGUUUUUAUUUUCAGAUAUAUCUAAUAUGGUUUUAUGUUAACAAUCCACUCCUACUCUGUUUUCUAUGUCACAGAGUGCCAUGGAAUGUAAUUUAUGCACAUGGCGACUAACCUAACUAAAUUAAACCAUGGUUAUUUGUAAAAAUAAAUAGUGGCCUCUACUGUU